UUAUAGGAGAGUAAAGAAGAGAAGAGGUGUUGAGAAUGGCAGCGGCAGCGGGAGCGGGAGCGGCAGCGGAGAUGGAGAAGAUGAGCGUGGAGCAGGUGAAAGCAGUGAAGGAGCAGGCUGAUAUGGAAGUUAAUAUUCUUCAGGACAGUCUGAACAAUAUACGAACCGCCACCAGUCGGCUUGAGGUCGCUUCCUCUGCCCUCGAAGACCUUUCUCUCCGUCCCAAAGGAAAGAAAUUGCUCGUACCUCUUACUGCUUCUCUUUAUGUUCCUGGAACUCUUGAUGAUGCUGAUAAAGUCCUUGUAGAUGUUGGCACUGGAUACUUCAUUGAGAAAACAACAGCUGAAGGCAAAGAUUAUUGUGACCGUAAAAUCAACUUGCUGAGAUCCAACUUUGACCAACUCGUAGAGUUGGACUAGUUUUUCCAUGGGAGACUCCAUGCGGCUCCUCCAUCGUCACUUUGAGCCCUUGUGAACAUACAUGCCUCCUUCCACACCCCCAUCUCGGCACCCCUUUUCUUACAGGAAUUGAACCUCCGAUGGAUGACAUGAAAUUUGACCAACCUCAUCUUUCUCUGCCUUCCAAAAUAUACACCUCUCCUUGGUGAGGCCGACUACAGAAUUCCAACAAUUUAAGAACUUCCAUUCCUAUUUCUGCAACGAAUCAAAUGAAUGGCCUUGAUACCCAUCAUGGAAGUGCCUAAUGAAUGACUUGGUUGACUUUUUUUUGGGCAUGUUUUGUUGAUUCUUUCUGCUAUCCAUCUCAUUUCCUCUUCCCCCUUCCAAAAUAUUCUGAUUAUCCUGUGUCUGAAUUUCCCAUGAAUGUUGAAAUGGGUCGACUAUCACCAAUCAAACAAAAAUCAAAAUUUUAGGAUCCAUUUUGCCUGUAAAAUUUUCCCAGUUUGGAGCUUUAGCAUCAACCAAUUUAUUUUUGGCUAGAUUGGUUCUCAAACAUUAGUUUUUUUUAGUAUGUUCCUUGCAUAGCCUUAUGUAUUGGCAGGAGUCCUACCCCCUCUUGU